AAAAGGGAAAAUUUCGGAUACAAAUCAUCCCAGUUCGGAUUCACUCAACACCCCCUCCCCCAUCUUUCUCUUUCUCUCUCAUCCUUUUUGCCAAAUCGGAGUCAUCUCUCUCCCAACUGGAGUUUCGCUCCAAGCUGUCUUGAAUGCAAGAUCUUACUGUGUUUUUUACUGUACGACACUGUUUGGUUCCAGAGAAAACUGAGGGGAAGGGGCGGAAAUUGAAAUUUUGGAUCUUUGUCGUGUUGUUGAUUGAGAAGCUCAUUCUUUUCUCGGUGCAUCAUCUAUCAUAACUGUGGGCCAUUGAAGUUUGUGGAGUUUGAUUGGACCUUUAACUGUUGCACGCUGUGCCAUGGAGGAGGAAAAUGCGGUGGAGCUCCUACAACGAUACCGGCGGGAUAGGCGUGUACUUCUUGAUUACAUACUUUCUGGUAGCUUAAUUAAGAAAGUUCUAAUGCCUCCUGGUGCGGUGUCAUUAGAUGAUGUGGAUUUAGAUCAAGUCAGUGUUGAUUAUAUUCUCAGCUGCUCCAAAAAAGGUGCAAUGGUUGAACUCUCAGAAGCUAUCAGAGAAUACCAUGAUAGCACUGAGUUCCCAAAUAUGAACAAUACAGGUUCAGCAAAUGAGUUCUUUUUGGUUACAAAUCCUGAAUCCUCGGGUUCACCACCAAAAAGGGCACCACCACCUAUUCCUGCUUCGGCACCAUCACCUAUUCCUAUUCUGACACCAUCACCUGCUCCUGUUUUGGCAUCAUCACCAAUUUCUGAUUUGGAAACAUCACCUAUUCCCCCUUUGGCAGCUUCAUCCAUUAUGUCGAGCGUAUCAAAAUCAGUGUCCCUCAACUCCACGCGUGACCGAGAAAUAUCAAUAGAUGAUAUAGAUAUAGAUGAUUUGGAGGAAGAUGAUGAUGUAGAUGAAGUUGAUAGUCUCAGGAUGUCAAGGCGGAAGCCAAAUGAUGCUGCUGAUCUUGUUCUGGGAUUGCCUUCUUUUGCAACAGGCAUUAUAGAGGAUGACCUUCGUGAGACUGCAUAUGAAGUUCUCUUGGCUUCUGCUGGGGCUUCUGGGGGACUGAUUGUACCAUCAAAGGAAAAAAAGAAAGAUAGAAAGUCCAAAUUGAUGAGGAAGCUUGGACGAAGUAAGAGUGAGCAUGUUAAAGCGCAGUCUCAACGUGCACCUGGAUUGGUUGGCUUGUUAGAAGCAAUGCGUGUCCAAAUGGAGGUUUCUGAGGCAAUGGAUAUAAGAUCAAGACAGGGGCUGCUUAAUGCUCUUGUGGGAAAAGUGGGGAAAAGAAUGGAUACUCUUUUGAUUCCUCUGGAGUUGUUAUGUUGUAUUUCACGCACUGAAUUUUCUGACAAGAAAGCAUAUAUACGGUGGCAAAAAAGGCAGUUGAACAUGUUGGAGGAGGGCCUUAUAAAUCACCCUGCUGUUGGAUUUGGGGAAUCUGGGCGCAAGGCAAGUGAAUUGCGGAUUCUUCUAGCAAAAAUUGAAGAAUCUGAGUCUCUUCCGCCUUCCACUGGUGAACUCCAACGGACGGAAUGCUUAAGAUCUCUUAGAGAGAUUGCCAUUCCACUUGCUGAGAGGCCAGCUCGUGGUGACCUAACUGGUGAAGUAUGCCACUGGGCAGAUGGUUAUCACCUAAAUGUUAGACUAUAUGAGAAACUGCUUCUUAGUGUCUUUGACAUUUUAGAUGAGGGAAAGCUUACAGAGGAAGUGGAAGAAAUUCUUGAGCUUCUGAAGUCAACCUGGCGUGUUUUAGGAAUUAAUGAGACCAUCCAUUACACCUGCUAUGCAUGGGUAUUAUUUCGUCAGUUUGUUAUCACAAGUGAGCAUGGAAUGUUGCGACAUGCCAUUGAGCAGUUGAAAAAGAUACCAUUGAAAGAACAACGAGGCCCACAAGAGAGGUUACACUUGAAAAGCUUACAGUCUAAAAUUGAAGGUGAAAAUGGAUUUCGAGAUAUCAAUUUCUUACAUUCUUUCUUAUCACCCAUCAAGAAAUGGGCUGAUAAGAAGCUGGGAGACUACCAUCUGCACUUUGCACAGGGGUCAGUGAUGAUGGAGGAGAUAGUAGCAGUAGCAAUGAUUUCUCGGAGACUUCUUUUGGAAGAACCAGUAGGGGCAAUUGAAUCGACGUUGGUUACAGAUCAGGAGCAGAUAGAAGCAUAUGUGUCAUCAUCCACUAAGCAUGCAUUUGCAAGGAUUUUGCAGGUUGUUGAAACAUUAGACACAACACAUGAACAUCCUUUGGCAUUGCUUGCAGAAGAGACCAAGAAACUUUUAAAUAAAGCUACAGCCCUAUACAUGCCAGUUUUAUCUCGCAGAAAUCCACAAGCAACUUUUGUUGCAGCAUCUCUUCUGCACAGGCUUUAUGGGAACAAAUUGAAACCUUUUCUUGAUGGUGCUGAACAUCUGACGGAGGAUGUUGUAUCCGUAUUUCCGGCAGCUGAUAGUCUUGAGCAGUGUAUAAUAGCAGUUAUCACAACUUCCUGCGAAGAGGGGACUGCAGAUGCCUACUGCAGAAAAUUAACACAAUACCAGAUUGAAACAAUAUCUGGAACUUUGGUGAUGCGUUGGGUCAAUGCACAACUUGCAAGAGUUUUAGGUUGGGUUGAACGGGCUAUUCAACAGGAGCGGUGGGAUCCAAUAUCACCUCAGCAACGGCAUGCGAAUUCAAUUGUUGAAGUCUACAGGAUUGUGGAGGAGACUGUGGACCAGUUUUUUGCUCUUAAGGUUCCAAUGAGGUCUGCAGAACUGAGUAGCUUGUUCCGUGGCAUUGAUAAUGCAUUUCAAGUGUAUGCAAGUCAUGUUGUUGACAAGUUGGCUAGCAAAGAAGAUUUAAUUCCACCUGUGCCAAUUCUUACACGAUAUAAGAAGGAAGCAGGAAUUAAGGCUUUUGUAAAGAAGGAAUUAAUGGAUCCUAGGUUGCCUGACGAGAGAAGAUCUAGUGAGAUCAAUGUUCAGACAACACCAACACUUUGUGUUCAAUUAAAUACUCUAUAUUAUGCAAUUAGUCAACUGAAUAAGUUGGAAGAUAGCAUUUGGGAGCGAUGGACAAGGAAAAAGCCUCAGGAAAGAUCUAUCAAGAGGUCCACGGAUGAGAAAUCAAGAAGUUCCAUGCAAAAGGACACAUUUGAUGGAAGUAGGAAAGAUAUAAAUGCAGCUAUAGACCGAAUCUGUGAGUACACAGGAACUAAAGUUAUUUUCUGGGAUUUAAGAGAGCCUUUUAUUGACAACCUGUAUAAGCCCAAUGUUACUCACUCUAGGUUGGAAGCAAUUGUUGAACCACUUGAUAUGGUACUAAAUCAAUUAUGUGAUAUCAUCGUGGAGCCACUCAGAGAUCGCAUCGUGACAGGUCUCCUUCAAGCAGCACUGGAUGGCCUACUCCGUGUCAUAUUAGAUGGAGGCCCAUCACGUGUUUUCUUCCCCAGUGAUGCUAAACUAUUAGAAGAAGACUUAGAGGUCUUAAAGGAAUUCUUUAUUUCUGGAGGAGAUGGGCUUCCUCGAGGAGUGGUUGAAAAUCAAGUAGCACGUGUUCGACAUAAGAUAAAGUUGCACAGCUAUGAGACUCGAGAAUUGAUCGAAGACUUGAAAUCUGCAAGUGGGUCAGAAAUGCAGGGUGGCAGAAGCAAUCUGGGUGCUGAUACCAAUACCCUAUUGAGAAUUUUAUGUCACAGGAGUGAUUCAGAGGCUUCUCAUUUCCUCAAGAAACAAUUCAAGAUACCCAGAUCUGCUGCUUAGGCAGAAUAUGUAUUGGUAGGCACUCGUUUAUGUUAAUAUAAUUCAUUGAUUUUAAGGGAAAUAAUGAGAUUAGAGUCUUGUUAUAUUAUUCUUUUCGCAUUUGUUGUAUCUUUGUAUCUUUUCCUUAACGUUUAAGAACUUCUUGUGUAGACAUCUUGGCACCUGAAUUUAUAGUGUUCUCUUUAUUGAAAACCUCUCCCUUUCAAAAACUGAUUGUUUCUCUUGUACCCCAAAACUAAAUCUUUGAUUUUUCA